GCAGGCAGUGGGAUUGAUUCUGAGCCGUCCCUGAGCUCCACCGCAGGCAGUGGGAUGGCAGCUGGGAUAGAUCAACUUCCCGGUGAAGGUUCCUCAUCUGGUCCUGCAUCUCCCAGUGUUGUGGUGGCAGCACCUUCUGUUUCAAGGGGUGAUGAAGCAGGACCCAUCUCAGGUGCAGCCCCUGGUCCUGACAGCUUGUCCUCGGCCUCUCCGGACAGUGAAACUGGCCCAGGGCUCGGUCUGGUGGAGGGGGCAGAGAGUGCACGGGAUGUGGCACAGGCUGGAAACCCAGAAAGUCCCUACAUGGAGACAAAUCCUUCAGCUUUCAGCCCUCAGGAAGAUCAACUGCCUGGUGCAGGUUCCUCAUCUGGUCCUGCCCCUCCCAGUGGUGAGGUCGCAGCAUCCUCUGUUUCAGAUCCAUCCAGCCAGAGUGCACUUGGAGGAGAGGGCAAUGCUCCUGAGGCUCUUCAGCCUUCCCUGGAUGCUGGGCCUGGGGUUCCUGCUGCUGCAGGAGAAGGGACAAGUGAAAUGGCUGGUAAUGGAGAGUCCAUGGGGCAGUCCCAGGCUCCUACUGGAAAUGGACCAGCUGGUUCAGGAACCCCUGAUGAAGAUAUGGGAGAUGUGUUGCAGUCUGUAUCUUCUUCCUCACCUACAGAGGGAUCUUCAUUGCCUGGGAGGACUGAUGAGGCUGUUAGCAAAGCAAAUCUUCCUGGAGCUGAUGGAGUCGAUGGUGGCUUGAAUACAGGCUUGGGGGCUGCUGGCCCCCAGGAAGCCCCUGUGCCUGUCCCUGGCAUCCAAAGUAGUGCCAAUAUUGAACUUUCUGAUGGAAAACAGAGCCAAGUCAAUGUGGUGCAGGUGCCUGGAGGAGCCUCGGUGAAUGGGGGAUCUUCCCCCGGUGCCAGUCUGGUCCCAGUGGCUCCAGACAACAGCGGUGUUUCUGACAGCACGGCCACCUCGACAGCUGCUUCUCUGCUUUUCCCUAAGCAUGGGCUGAGCUCGGGGCUGGCACCCAAUGGAGACACUCACUUUGCCCCUGGCACCCAGAGUGGGAGCAGACCCCUGGUACCAGGGGCACCAUCUGGGCUGGCAGGAGAAUCUGGAGGCAUUUCUUGGUCUCUUGAAGAUGAGUUGGCCUCAGGGAUGCCAGCACCUUUGGGAGAAGCAUCUCCCCAUACUCCCAUAUCCCCCAGCACUGCCCCUGUGCUGCCUUCUGCUCCACAGAGAGGAAAUGCUGCAGAGGGGGUGUCUGUCAGCCCUGGGCUUUCCGCUCCACUUGCAGCACUUCCAGCUGUGCCCCUCUAUGGAUAUGGAGCGAGGGAAAAUGAUCGGGAGUAUGUGGAAAGGAGAGUAGAUUUUAAUUCUCCACUUUUCAAGCCCGAGACUGGAUUCCCAUUUGGGAGAACCCUGCGUGACUCUCUCUACUUUACAGACAAUGGACAAAUCGUUUUCCCAGCCUCGGACAAAGGCAUCUUCACAUAUCCCAACCCUCCUCCUGGCGGCUUCAAUGGCCAUGAGGAGGUUCCCAUGAUCGCUGUAUUUUGGGACAACGCCGACUUCUCCAGAGGGGUGGGCACCACCUUUUACCAGGAGUUCUCCACCCUCAACACGGCCAAGCCUCCGUUUGUCCGUGACGUGGAAGCGAAGGUUCGGCAGUACAUGAGGUCCUCCUACUCUGCAGCCUGGACCCUGAAAAUCACCUGGGAGAAGGCACCUGUCUAUGCAUCACGGAGUGACACCCGGAAGACGAUCACAUACCAGGCCAUCCUGACCACCGAUGGAUUCAGGUCCUACAUCCUGAUGCUGUACCAGGACAGAGGGAUGCAAUGGGAUUACACCAGACUCGCUGCCACCAAUGUGCUCAUCGGCUACACCAGUGGGGAUGGCUUUUACUACAACGAUGACCUGAGUAAGAGACCUCCAGCUGUUAAAUAUCGCCCUGACCAGUUCAGGGGCUACAACACAGACCUCUGUGGGUUGUGGAUUUACAAGCUGGAGAGUCGCGUGGGCAUCAACUACCGGCUGAAGUGCCUGGCAUGGACGGGGCAGCAGCAGGAGCCACGGGCAUGGAGCCAGGGCCUGCCCACCUGCCCCUGCUCCCUGCAGCAAGGGCAGCAGGACCCACGCUUCAAGAGCAGCCGUGGAGGCCGGUGGGCUGCCCGUGUCUCCAUGCUGCACUCAGCCUCCCCCAACCAGCACGGCGCCGGCGUCCGCUGCCUGUACGACAGCCAGAACCAGCUCAUCGAGGGGCGUCAGGAGAGGUACUGGAGGUCCUCCAGGCAGGCGUCGCCCUAUCGUGACCAGGAGCUGAAGCUGUACGACUGGUGCUGCAACCGAGCGGGCAGCGCCCACCUCUGCGCCCGCUACAGUGAGAAGCGGCCGAAGAUCGGCUGUGACGGAUACCAGUCACCUGGCAUGGAUUCCUCAGAGGAGAUAGAGAGAGACUCAGAUGAGGAAACAGAUGGAGACGACAAGUAACUGGGGGGUUGCACACCCACAGCAUGGUCUGAGCCACGGCUGAUCCUUCGGAUCCUUUGCUCUGCUCAUCCCCUCUGUCCUCCCCUAGAACCCAUCGCCCCUGCCCACCAUGCAGGGCAUCUCACUUGUCCAGUGCCCGUGGUUGCCUGCACUGGCAACUCCGUAUUUCUACAUGAACUAUAUGUUUCUAACCCAGACUUAUCCCAAGGAGUCAGUUGUUUCAGUUGUCCUUUCCCAGCUGCAGUUGAGUGGGUGCCCAUGGGCACCUCCUUGCUGGCGGGGAGGUGGGCAGGUACCCCCCACCACACACACCCCACCCUUGUCCUUCCUACAUCCCGCUGUGUUCCCAUGCUGCAGGGUGAGCCUGGACCCCUGGCACCCAGGGAAAAGGUUUCUACACCUCGCAUGGGUUGACUGUGGCCAAUCCCCUGAGUGCCAGGGUGCACCAGGCUGGUCCCAUGAGCCAGUCCUGUCUUGUCCCCCACUUCUGCCCCCCAGCCAUCCCUCACUGAGUGGUCCCUGGGUCCUGUGCCCAAGAGAAGGAACCGAUUCUCCGGAUCAAGCCAGAAUCAGCUUGUCAUGUCUGCUGGGUGUGUGAGGGCAAAAUGCAACCCCAUGAUCAGAAAUGUUGGGAGAAAAAUAAUUUUUUGUGUGUAAGUGAGCAUAUUCCUUUCUUACAAAAAAUAAAUCAUUGCCAAAUCUUGUUUGUUCAAUA